UUCAUCUUUACCUCUGGCGAAUGCGUCACAAAUAUCCAUGCUUUUCACUCAUUAUUCUCUCUUAGACUGUUAAAUGACGUUUCUUCUAUCCCCCCAAAAAACCCAGUUGCUUCUUUUAGUCUGUGAAAUCAUUAAGCUUCCAUUGAUAGUAAAUCCAUGGUGAUUAGUUAAAACUCUGGGGAUAAAAUCCAACACGUGAAGUGGAUGGGAUCCAAAGCUUUUAAUACUCCCAUGAAAGUAAAAUCUCAGAAGGAUACCUGUUUCAGUACUUUUGUCUUUCCAUUUCUGUGUUUUCUAUACUUCAGUUGCUUGUAAAAGAUAAGCUUGAAGCUUCUCAAAUCUGAGGCUAUAACCUCAACUUCGCUUUGGGAUUUUUGUAAAAAUGAGAUCCAUCGAAGAUAAAACUUGCUAUAGCCUCGGACCAGCUAAUGAGAUUUCUUCAAGCAGUAAUGGCGGUGCCAUAAAUUUCGAGUUUCAUCGACCCGCCUUGGGGAAGGAGCCGAUGGCGCCUUCGAAAUGGGACGAUGCGCAGAAAUGGCUCGUGGGGCUGUCGAGGAGUCGAGACAAAAGGGCACAAUCCAAGGCCAAACCAGCUCGGGACUCAAACGCCGACGAUACACGGCUGAUAGCUCCUUGCCCGCAGAAGGAACAAGAUUAUCCCAGCAGUGAAGAUGAAGCACAAACGGUUGGUCUCGAUUUGGCUAUUUGGAACUCGGUUUCGGGUGUUCGAUCGAUAUGUGUGAGAGAUAUGGGCACCGAGAUGACCCCUGUUGCAAGCCAAGAGCAGUCGAGAACUACAACACCGUUAAGAGCCACCACUCCUGCUGGUAGGAGUCCUAUUUCUUCAGGCUCUUCGACCCCGGUUAGGCCCCAUCAAGGAGAUCGAGCUGGCUCGGGAAUUGAUGUUGCUGCUAAGGGGAAUGGUUCGAAUCGACUCAAUAGACAAGAAUCGGGUCAGGCUAGUAAGCAGACUAGUUUGGAAACUCGAGCCAUGGCUUGGGAUGAAGCUGAACGUGCCAAAUAUAUGGCAAGGUAUAAGCGUGAAGAAGUGAAGAUACAGGCAUGGGAAAAUCAUGAAAAGAGGAAAGCUGAAUUGGAAAUGAAGAAAAUAGAGGUGAAAGCCGAGAGCUUGAGAGCUCGGGCAAAAGAGAGAUGCGCAAACAAACUAGCAGCCACAAGGAGAGUAGCUGAAGAGAAACGUGCAAAUGCAGAAUCAAAGCUAAACGAGAAAGAUAUAAGGACUUCACAGAGGGCGGAUUACAUUAGGAGAACUGGCCAUUUUCCUUCUUCUUUCUCCUUCAAGUUGCCCUCCCUUUGCUGGUAGUAACUCUGCAGAGUCCCAAAGUUAUGUAUGCAUGUAUGUAUGUAUGUAUGUAUGUAUGUACUUUUGAGUUUAUAUGGACGUGACUUACUGCUGAAAAAAUUGCAGUCAUGCUGAAAAAGAUAAGGCCAUUGACCAUAUAUC